CCCCUUCUCUCCUUUCGCAACCAAUUUGCAGGAUUUCACAACCAUGACUGAAAGCACUUCAGAGAUCACAGUGGACCCUGAUAUCUACUCUGCCACUGGUUAUGACACUGAUCCAGGAGACUUGCAGUCGGACACCACCUCGAUCGCAUCCUCGAUAGCCAGGGGCCGAUUCGAAAAUGGUCGAAGAUACCAGGCCACUAAAGAAGACGACUACUGGGGUCCCUCUGACGAUCAGCAGUUUGAGGCAUUUGAGAUUGGCCACUUACUAUUUCGGUUGCUUGACCAUGAGCAGCCGAAUUCUCUGUUCCGCGCCCCUAUUGGUGAUUCACCUAGGAACAUCCUGGACAUCGGAACUGGUCAAGGUAGUUGGGCAAUUGAUGUUGCCGAUCUCUAUCCGUCAACUACCGUCCGUGGCGUGGAUAUCUUUCCUCCGCCCUGUUCAUGGAUGCCUCCGAACUGCAUCUUCGAGGUAGAUGAUGUCCUCCGCGAAUGGACAUGGAAAGAGCCGUUUGACUUGAUUCAUAUGCGUCUAAUGUAUGGCGGAUUCUCUCAGGAGGGAUGGGACCAGCUGUAUAAACAGGCCUACGAUGCCCUUGAACCCGGUGGCUGGAUCGAGCAGAUGGAAUUGGACGUGCGAGUCUACAGUGACGACGGUAGUUUGAAGAAAGACAACCAACUAUGGGGGUGGGGAUCUCUAUUUAUUAGAUGCUCUGAGCGCGCUGGAAGGUCGCUCAGAACACAUGAAACAAUGCGCGGUGCAAUUGAGAACGCUGGGUUUGUGGAUGUGCAUGAGGAAAAGUACAAGAUCCCCAUAGGAGCUUGGCCUAAGGAUAAGUUACUGAAGGAAGCCGGCCGCCUCCAGUAUGCCCACUGGAACGCAGCUUUAGAAGGCUGGGCAAUGUGGCUUCUCACCCACUUUGGGGAACCUGAGCCGUGGACAAAGGAGGAGGUGCAUGUCUUUCUGGCUAAAGUGCGUGCGGAGUUAAGGGAUCCGCAUAUCCACGCCUAUGAACCAGCGAACCGUGUAUGGGCACGAAAGCCCACCAAGGAGGAACUGAAGUAGAGGGAGGGAAAUAUCCAGAUCAAGACAACGCUAUGAAGUCGCUGUGGAUCUCUUAGAUUAUUAGCAACAGACUUCCUGUUCUUAGGUUCUAUUAUAGUGAUUAAAUCAGUUUUAGCAGGCGAGAAUCAAAUUCAUGUUCUACUCCAGCUUUACCUGGAAAAAUAUAUUUUUUG